CCCUGAGGGCGUGCGGGCACGGCCGGCGUGCGGCGGGCGGGCCGCGGGCCGGGCAUGGAGCGGUGGGUCGGGGCCGCCGGGGGCUGGGAUUCGCUGUGGGGAGCCGGCUGGGGCCGAUGGCCGUGCUGGGAGCUCCUGGCCGCCUGCGCCGUCAUCGGCGCCGUGGGCUGGCUGCUGCGGCUGCGGGACAGGAGGCCGGGCGGCCGCCGGGCGGUGGCGGCCGCCAUCUCCUCCCCGACCCCCAUCGCGUCCCCGGCUCCCCACUCGGCCCCGGCGCCGCUCGCCGCGGGGAGCCAGCGCUGCAGCGGGAGCCGCCCAGGUGGAAUAACAAUGGAUACAAUAUUAUCCCGAUUAAAGAAGCUCAGCCACGAUGAGCUUAGAGAAGAGAUUGUGAGAGCAGGACUGAAAUGUGGGCCCAUUACUGCAACUACAAGGUUUAUUUUUGAAAAAAAAUUGGCUCAGGCACUGUUGGAGCAGCAAGGAGCAUUGGAGGAGGAAGGGUCUGCUGUGGCAGAGGAGGCUGCUGGAAAUGUCCCAGUGAAUCACAACGGCCAUGGAGGUGCUUCUGAGGAGGUGGACUUUGGCUACUCUGUGGGUCUGAACCCUCCAGAAGAAGAUGCUGUGACACACAUGAGCUGUUCAGCUCCAGCCUGUGGUGCUGACUCACAAAUCACUGCUCAGACACCAUCCAGAGAUCCUCCACUAUUCUAUGGUGUUUGCCCAGUGUAUGACGACAUACUGGCCAGGAAUGAGAGGAUACAUGUGUAUGAAGAUAGGAAGGAAGCUCUCCAGGCUGUUAAGAUGAUUAAGGGUUCCCGUUUUAAAGCUUUUACAAACAGAGAGGAUGCUGAGAAAUUUGCUAAAGGAAUCUGUGAUUAUUUCCCAUCUCCAGGCAAGUCCUCUUUAUGUUUGUCUCCAGUGAAAAUGGGAUCAUUUAACAGAGAUGGUUUGUGCUCUCCUGAGAGCGACACUGCAAAUAAGGAGAGAGCCAACAGCUACAAAAGCCCACGGACUCAAGAUCUCACAGCUAAGCUUCGGAAGGCUGUGGAGAAAGGAGACACAGCAACAUUUUCAGACCUUAUUUGGAGUAACCCUCGUUACCUGAUCGGCUCAGGCGACAACCCAACGAUUGUACAGGAAGGGUGUAGGUACAAUGUCAUGCAUGUUGCUGCCAAGGAGAAUCAGCCUGCUAUCUGCCAGUUAUUGCUGGACACUCUGGAAAAUCCAGAAUUUAUGCGGCUGAUGUACCCUGAUGAUAACGAUGUCAUGUUAAAGAAACGCAUCCAAUACAUUGUUGACCUUUACCUGAACACUCCAGAUAAAAUGUGGUUUGAUACUCCAUUGCAUUUUGCUUGCAAGUUUGGGAAUGUGGAUGUGGUUAACGUGCUUACCUCACACCCAGCCAUUGUAAAAAAUCCAAAAAACAAAUAUGAUCAAACUCCAGCAGAAGUAGUUUGUGAAAGAAGCAAGAACAAAUCUGCCGAAUUGAAAGAAAAGAUAAGAGAGUACUUGAAAGGUCACUAUUAUGUCCCACUCCUGAGGGCAGAAGACAAUUCCUCAGCUCCGGUCAUUGGGGCACCGUGGUCGCCAGACCAGACGGACGAUGGCCCCCAGAGAGCUUGGCCCAAAUACCCUGGCAGCCCCAAAGACCCAGUGCUGUCCAUCAGGGCUUUUGCAGGCCCCAUGAGCCCCUCAAAGGCUGAAGAAUUUCGCAGGCUGUGGAAGACUCCACCUCGAGAGAGAGCUGGCUUCUUUCACAAUGUCAGGAAAUCUGAUCUGGAGAGAGGUGUUGAAAGAGUUGGAAGGGAGUUAGCUCAUGAACUGGGGUUCCCGUGGGUUGAAUACUGGGAAUUUCUGGGCUGUUUUGUUGAUCUGUCUUCCCAGGAGGGGCUGAGAAAAUUAGAAGAGUACCUGAGUCAUCGUGAAAUGAGCGAAAAGGCUCAGCCAGAAACAGGGGAAAAUGAAACCUGCAAUAGAUAUAAAACUCCACAUCCCUCUGGCAAAAGCAAAAAGUCCUGCAAUUCCAUUUCUGUUGGAGCAUUUUUGGAUGAGGAUGAUGAUGACAUGAGCUUAGAAGAAAUCAAAAACAGACAAAAUGCAGCCCGAAAUAUCAGCCCCUCUCUGGUGUCCAAGGAGCCCAGCAUUGAUGCCAUUGGAAAUGCUGAGUGUGAUAUCCUGUCCAUGGAGUGUGCAGGAAGCAUCAUAGAGACCUCAGCUCACCCUCGGCACUAUGAGAAGGGGGCUGCUGCCAGCAAAAAUGGCUUUUGCAGUCCUGUGUCCAGUAAAAGGAUCAUCAGUGACAGAAAGCAGCUGCGUGGUGGGUCAGAAUGCCUCAUGUCACCUGUUUCCAAUUUGAUGUCAGAAUUUGAAGGCCUGUCAUUCCAAGAACAAGAGGUUGCAGGAGUAUCUCAUAAAAUUACUGCAAAAACUGAGAAUGAGGGAAUUCUGGACAAGACCUGCUCUGCAGUGUCACUGGCAAGUUCUUCUGAGCCAAGUGUUACAGGAAAACAUGGAGAGGCCAGGUUAAGGACAGACCACAAAAUACCAUUAGAAAAGGAAAGAGUGUCCAGAGAAUCUGGAAUUCAGACUAAGGAGCCACAACAACGUCAAGAACUUCCUUCCCAGAAGUUUGUUUUAAAGACUUCACCCACAAAUGACAAUUUAAAGUUAUUCCUUCUUGGGGAGCAGCCCUCGAAGCUGGAUGUUGAUGUCUUAGCAGCUAUAGAAGGAGCAGAGAUUGAUCCCCAGAAAUUCCCAAUGAUUUACAAAUGGAAACACGCAGUGCAAUCCUACUCCUCAUCUGACAGGCAAAGUUGGCCCAGUCCGGCGUUGAAGGCAAGAUUCCAGUCCCAGUCCAUGGCUGCUGGCUUUGCAAACGCUCCGGUGUAUCCGAGCUCGGGAAGGAGCAGCCCCACGGCGGGCAGUCCGGGGAAGCAGAGCGCCGCCUCCUUCCCUGCCGAGCCCCGCAGCCCCGGGCGCUACAGCCCCGCCUGCGUCCUGCGCUACUUCGCGGAGCCUCCUGCCCACUAGAGUGCAGCUCCUCAUCCUGGGACUUCCCUUCUGUUCUCAUUGUUAGUGGAGGAAAAACUACAAUGUUACUAAGGUGACAUGAGGUUUGUACUCAGCUAUUUAUUUUUCCUCAAUUGAGGACAACUGUAUGUUUAAACAAUGGAAUUUAUGUCUUAAUGCCACAUACGAGGUAGAUUGUUACUGGUGAUAAGCAAGAAGUUUGUGACAGUGCAGUUGUCCAGUAGCUGAAUUAACCCUUGUUGCCAGUACCACAGUGGGCUGAACUGUCCUUAGCAAUGGUGGCAAUUGCUAUCACUACUUAACCUCAUUGUAAUGAACACACAGCCCUCAACUGCCUUUCUUGACCUUGGCUAGUUUAGGAAAUGCAUCAUCAGCAAGGAGAAUGUGGGAGAGGAGAUUGAUGGCAGAAAGUGAAACGCUCUCCUGCUUGCAGGGGGAAAAGCCUAAAACGUGCCUGGGAAUGCAAGGACAGCUUUGCAGUGUGGAGCAGGGAUGUGAAGCCCUGUGCAGAAGCAGAGAGUGUUUCCAGCCAGCUGGGCUGGGCAGUUGAUACCCACACCCACCCUCACCUGUCUGUCCAUGUGUGUGUGCACAGAUUUGCACAGAGACCCUCGAGUCUCUGCUUGCUCUGAGGCAGUUACAGACACUGAGACCUCCUGAGUGCUUUAGAAACAGGGCACUGUAGAAACUGUUGGGAUUCUUUUAGUGGUUGUGGGAAGAUUUAAGGAAAAGAAAACCUUAAAAAUUAGCUGGUUAUUUUUUCCCCAGAGAAGCUAUUAACACUAGGAAAUUUGAAUAGUUAUUACACAAAAGCACAUCAGCAAUAAUCUCAGCAAAUUUACCAGCAAGAUACCUUAUCUUAAUGGUCUGGUUUGUAAUAUAUUAGCAUGGUAGCCAGUGGCCCAGGAGGUGGCUAUUUCCCAGCUGUAAAGAGAGAGGACUAAGGACAAAAUAUUUUUAUGAAAUCUGAGCUUUUACUGUGUCUCUAGUGUUGAUGUGGUAAUGAGUUUUUGUUACAGCAGUCAAUAAUUUUAUUCUGCAGCCUUCUGUAAGAAUGACUUGUUGUGACAGCGUGAUGCUGAGAAUAAGAAAGCUUUUCAAAACUCCAGAGAGUUUUCCAUGUCAAGCCUAGUGCUUGUAAUGUUGCAUGAAAGGCUUCCAGAAACAGCUCUCUAGGUUAAAAAAAAAAAAUAAAAAAAAGACCUAUCUACUGUUAGAAGCUAAAUCUGAUCAGAAAAUGAAGUUCUGCAGGACUGUGCUGGCGAGAAGGGAUGGAUUGGGCUGGGCUGGUGCCACACAGUCAGGGAGAGCUCGGAGCCACCUGGCAGGGCAGGAGGAGGAGGGCUCCGAGCUGAGCCAGCCCGGUGGGAGGCAGGAGGGCCCGGCCCGAGGGUCCCUCCCACCCCUCGGGCCAUCCCGAGCCGGGCUGCCCCAGGCAGUGACUGUUCUACACAAACUGCACCCUCACAGCUUCGUGACUGGUACAAACCUAAACACUGCACUUAAUGCUUUUUGCAAGCUCAGUAGUGCCUUUUGUAAUAUAUUUUUUUAAUUAAAUUUUUUGUUCUUUUGGAAGUUUUUAAAAAAAAGUGGCAUCCACUUACUAUGGGCAGAUAAAAUACAGUUUUUCUCUGGGCUUUCUGAACAGGAUGUCUUUUAAUGUCUCUAAGUUGGAUUAUUUGGUGCGAUAGCUCUCCACGGGGGGAGAGACUCCUUUUAGAAAUUAUUCUUUAAAAAAAAACCAAAAAGGCUUAUUUUGCUCUUUUGUUAAAAUCAAACAUAGUUCCAUGGAGCUGGACAUUAGGAAGAGCUACUUUUCAUAAAUGCCUUUCAUUCAUGUUCCAGACAAGUACCAGGGGCCUGGGGGGUGUCAUACUUUAGGAAACAUGUUUAAAAAAAAACCCAGAACCAAAAACCUAACCUGUUACUAAGUGUAUUAACUGACUUUUUUCAUAAGGGUUAUUGUUUUUUAAUUUUCUAUUUUUAUGUAGCAGGCUCCAUGGUCUCAAAAUAUUUUUAGAUCCCACAUACAUACAGUUUUACUCCAAAAGGUUUGAGAUUGGGUUUUUUGCUGGGUGGUAGGGUUUUUCAAUAAUUUAAUGUAAGUUAUGUCUUUAUCAUUCUGGAGAAAUGGAUCAGCUGAUUGCCUAAUACCAUGUUAGAGCCAAACUGCUGGGGUAAGUUGCUGUGGGUGCAGCUGCUGUUCUCCACUCUGCUCCUUCAGAGCUGUGGCACAGCACCGUUGCCCUUUUGCUAAGAGUUUGUUACUGAGCCAGGAGACUGACUAACAUUUUUGUUCAUUGUCCUUUUUACUUUUAUUAUGCUUUGCUUUAUUUUUUUAAUAUUUAAAUGUUACUGGUAUGUACAUGUAGCCAGACACCGCCCACACCCACCCACACACCCACCACACCCUUGCCUUUCACUUUGUAAUGUUGUUUUGGUUCAGUCAGGAGAGUAUUUUUUUAACUGUGUUAAUGUGCAUUAGUCCAGCUGCACUUCACUUAAGAGGUCAUUUUUCUAACAAUGUGUUACUUCAGCUAUGACAGAAAUAGCAAUUUGAUCAUUUGUGAUUUUGUGAAGAAAGCCCUUCAACACUGAGCCUGUGGAGACACUUUAAAUCAGAGUGAUAGUGCUUGAAUUGUGUUUUCUUGGCCAAAAGUUCACUUUUAAAGGUGCAAAAUAGCUGUGUUUUUGUUGGUUGUUUUUUAAUUAGCAAAGUGUAAUGUUAAAAAUACAGAAGUAUCCCACUUUCUAUUAAAAUCAAAUGAAUAGCUGAAAGUGUCACCCUGUGUUCAAUAUGGGAUGUGGGGAGAAGGAGCUGGGCAUGACAGGGCAACCCAGUGGCUUGUCCAGGCCUUGCUGUACAAUAGCUGCAGUGACAGUGACAAUGGACCACACCACCAAGACUUAACACAGGGUUGAAGAGACAAGAACUCAGACUGUGGUAAAAAGACAUAAUUUUAAAUUUCACACUUUCCACCCCCACCUUGAGUGUCACCAAAACUACUGUUAAUUUCUGUACCUGUGCAAAGAGGUGUUGUGUCCUCUGGAUGACCACCAAGAGCUCCUUCACUGACACAGGGGAUGUGUGUGAGGGUCCAUGUGCACACACACAACACUAAAAAUCACAGAAUUUUCAUCUCACAGGUGCUGGUGCUCCUGUUCCUCGUGGUGGUGACACAGUCCUGCAAAUGGCUGUGUUUAGGCUACAGCAGUUCCCCUCAGCUCUGUGGCUGAUGACAAUUAACUACUCUGGCUCCCACCUCCAGUUUACAUUUCAGGUGGCUGUGAAAGAGCCCUGAGCAGUGUGGGACACACCAGGUCCUGCAGAGCUCCAGCCACACUUGCUACAGCUGCUCAUGCAGCCAUUCAGCUUAAGAGACAGGAAAGAAAGACAGACCAAGUAUUUUAUUCAAAACUUUUAAAAAGUUAAUAGACAAAAACUGAUAAAUUAUUCUCAUUGCAUCAAUGAGAGAUACGUCAUGAUGGUUUCCUCUUGCCCCCCACACCUUACACUACACAAUAAUCAGUUUGUUCCCUACCAGUCCCUGUUCCUUGAACUUAUCCUGAUGUAGCAGCAGUUCAGUAUCAAUCCCUUAAAUCCUCUUCUCCAUAGCUGUGUGCCCUGAUUAUGCUUCAUACAGCUCUGACAGGAGUAAGUUCAGCAUCUCAUCAACAUCCUUAUUGAUCAGAGAAUCUGUCAAACAGGUUAGUUAUGUCUGCUGUCCUACUAUAAACUGAGCCAAGUUUCUACAUUGGCUCAGGGUAGCCAGCAAGCUUCAGAAUGCUUCUGAGCCCUCCCACAAGCCCAGCAGCAUCAGAGCUGUCUGAAGGGAGCCCUUGAAGCAUUCUGCCCAAUGCCUGUCCUACACACUCACCCUAGACAAGCUGCCCCAUGGCCACCUGCUCUCCAUUCUGGCAACAGCAGGGCUGCAGCACCUCUGACCUGCAGCAUCACUACCCUGAACCCAGUGCUGGUAUUGCUCUGCUCUGAAAGUAAGGUAUCAACAAAUAUAAAUCAAUGGGAAAGAGCACUCAAAAAUAUGUCAGGAACUGAAAGCAUUUUGAGAAGAUUGCUGCUUUCCUUUCUUCCCAUCUUACUGCUACAGUCUCAUCCCUACAGCCUUCUCCAGACCAUGUUUUGGUUAAAGGCUUUACAAGACAGAAAAAUAUUCUUAAGAACAUCUUAAAGGACAUCCUGAGGAUCGUGGAACACUUAAUAUAAGCAGCAGUUAGUUCUAGCACCACAGCUCUGAGGCAAAUGGUUUUUACCCUCUUUCCUUUAUGCUCAUAACCUCCAGGCACAGUUUACAUGGGCUUUUUGGGGGCAGAGGGGAACAAUGACAACAUCAACAUACACACUCAACAGCUUACAAAAACUGAAGCUUUAUCCCUUUGUCCUUUGGACAGCAGAAUUCCCUGUUUGUCACUUCUGCAGGAGCUGGAAGAAGCUGGCACACCUUUUGUUUUAGCUGCAGUGUGAUACAAGGCUGUUCCCACACCAAUCGCUUUCCUGCACAAGAAAAAUACCCACAGGAGCAAGCUUUGGUUAGAGACAUUCACAGCAGGGUGAGGGAAAAGUCAGUGCUCUUGCAACUGCUGAGCAGACAUUCAACCUGUAUUCCACAGCUCAGCUUUGAGUUUUGGGAAAUACUUAAGGACUGGACGUGUUCAGGCUUACACAGGUUUCUUCUUUUCUGGACUGAAAGGCAGACAUGAAUAUGAAGGAGGAACGGGGCUAAAGGACAUUUGAAGACAGCAUCACACCCCAACAUAAUAAAAAUCUAGUGGUACUGUAGCAGAAUGUGCUAGUGCAAAGAGACAAGAGGCAGCU